CCCCACAGCAGGAAGAAAAAGGCAAGAACAUCAAGCCUAGUGAUCGCGUGGUAGAAGAUCUUCAAGAUUCUCGUCCUAGUAUACAACUAGGUGUCCUCGCUGCGAGUGCGAUCAUCCCGAGUAAAGAUCUACCACCCCUCGAAGGCUACGACCUGUACGAAGGGCAUGGUCAUGUAGAGCACCAUGGUAGCCACGACCACAACGUUAGUGCCAUCUUGGACGCUUCUAGUUUGCAGGUUCUGGAUACGACCGUGGAGGAGGUCAAACCUGUUUGUAUUGUGGCUGUUCCAGCUGUUCCUGAAACGGAUAAAGCUGCAAGCAAGAGCAGUUCUCCUGCACGACCAGCUGCAGAAAAAGAAGUCAAGAAGGUUGCGAGCAAGAGCAGCAGCAGUAGCGCUACCCCACCUUCUAAGGAUGUGAAGAAGGCUGCUCCUAGCAAGAGCAGUACAACUCCUGCUUCAGCGGCACCGGAAAAGAAGGUUGCAAGCAAGGUGGCUAGCGCUAGCAGUGCUGCUAAAAAGCCAAGUAAGGAUGAUCUUGCAGGUUCUUCACGUAGUUCACCUGAUGCUCCUUCUCCAUCUAUGAAGACUACGAGCCCAUCACAUUCACAAGGAGCAGUUGUAGUGCCGCAGGUUGCAGAUAAUGUGGCUCCUGCCACUACAGUAUUGAAUACUUCGCCAACAACUACGAGCACAAAACGAGCUUCGCCAACCACACCAAGAACGGCUGCUGCUGCUAGAGCAGCAUCCACUCCGCCUCCUCUUACUCCACAUGCUAGACCUUCACCUAAGGAAAGCCACUUUCACGUGCCUGCACUGUUCCAAGCUCAACAAGCAGGUCAGGAUGAAACUUCGCGCGGUAGAGAGUACAGCAAAACGGGAGUCCCCCUACUAUCUCCUCAGCAGCAAGUGAGUCUAGUCACAAGUGCCAUUGACGCAGCACGCUUUGCUGUCACGACUGGAGCCUCGCUCACCGGAACCUAUCUCUACGCGCCUCACAUGUACAGCUCUUCUAGCGCCGCUUCUGCGCCGAAUUCACCCAGAAGCAUGAGCAAAGAUCCUGCGUCUCCUGGUACGUUCAUCAUCAAGACGUUGACUGGCGGAGGGAUCGUACCGUUUUCACAUCAGGUUGUGGUGGACAGCAGGAUCACUCCUACGACCACGUUGAACAGCGGUGAAAAGCUAGUAGUUGACGAGGAUGAAGAAGACGAAGUUGCGACAUUACUCGGGAGUGCACUUAAUGGUAGCAGUGGGGUUCCGGUAGUUGGUUCUCCAGAGCAGAAGCCACGUAGUGCAUCGGCUGACAUUGCCUACACGAGAACUGGAAGGGCACAGCAACUAUUCAAUGCUGGCGCUCGUGUCCUAAAAGAAAAAUUCUCUCCUAGAUCUCAUUCGGCACUGAGAGUGCAACUGCCCAGCAUGAAGCCUGUUGUCGUCCCGGCACUUCUCGCCGAGAACACGACCAAAGUACAACGUGGUCGCAGUACUUCAAAUAGGAAGAAAAAGGGCACCAGGAAAAGCGAGGAUGAAGACGGUGAUGGCGCAUCCGCAUCUGUUUCACCAGGUGGCGGGCAACAAGACGCAGAAGCAGAGGACCAAGAUCCCGCACUACAUCACUUUCACGAUCCGAGCCACCAAUACGACCCAAGCCAUCCUCUGCACGCUCUUCACAAGCACCAUCAUCAUCACCAUGGCGGGCAACACUACCUGUCGGAAGCUGAUGAGGCCUAUGCGCAUCUCUGUGACAAGAUCAAGAGAGUGCGGGAACGUAUUCGCGAACGUGCCGACCAAGCCCACGGCAUUGGCCUAGUUAAGGGACAUGAGCACGCGAAUAUCAACAUAGUCGAAGAAGCUGACGCGGAAGAUGAGCGGCGAGAACAAAGCGAGGAGGAAUAUGAGCGCCGACAUCCACAUCGCCAUCAUCAUCGUCAACAUGGAGAGGAAGCUGCUGGCGCUGAAGCUGUUGCUGCAGCUAGUACUGCUGCGUUACCUGCUUCUAAAGAAGCUGCAACUCCACUCUCACCUAAAGACGUUUCUCUUUCCGUUUCCGCCCAAGAACAGCCAUUAUCAUCCCCAAAGCAAUCCGCACAAAGUCGUCCUCAACAUGACCUUCAUAUUCUAGAACGUCCAGCAUUAUUAUCUCCUGACGCGCAUACGAUGAUAGUGAGCCACAUUCGAUCGUCGGUUGUUGUGCGAGAACGUUCCCGGUCACCAGAAAACUUCAUCGCGGCAGCUGCGAGAAAACGAAGAAGAGCUCCCCUGAAGCAGGAAAGCAGUAGUUCAUCGUCGUCAUCGUCUGAAGACGAGGCGGAACAACCACCGGUAUGUUGUCAUCUAGAAAUUACUCUCUUCCUUCUGUUACCAAUUCAUCAACACUAGGUAUGUUGUCAUCUUCAAAGGCGAUCAACCCAAAAAACACUUCGUCCUCCUUGGGGCGCUCCGCCGGCCUGUCUCUCUACACCUCGUGUGAAGGAGAUAGAAAGGCAACCUAUCCUAUCCUAUCCUAUCCUAUCCUAUCCUAUCUACUCUCUUCUUUCUGUUAACAAUUCAUCAACAUAUGUUGUCAACUUCCAACAUGUCAACACGACUUGAUGUUUUGUUGAUAUUUAUUUCCCAAAGACCACAUCGGGUCCCUCAGUUGUCUAGUCGGUUAAAUGAAGAAUUGACUACCAAAUAAACCUACCCCUCCCUAAUUCAGUGUGAUGUGCGUUUAAGAUUAGUCCUUCUAACUGCGAGGUUGUUGAAGUUAAAUAACCUACAAUCUAUCCCAUACUCCAUUGUUUCCCAAACGAACGCAAUUUUGAAUCCUCAGGCGCGACCCGUGACGGCCAUGUCCUCUCCGGUCCAGCAACAGGCUACGUCGACUUCUCAGUCCCAUCCACAUCCUCCACCCUCUGCUGGGAACGGCACUAAUCCAUCCAACGGUUACUCAGCCAGACAUCUUCUCUUAGCUGCUGGCAUCCAUCCACGACAGGAGCAAGCUAACCAGCCGCAUGCCCUCAUUACAGGUCACGACAUGCAUGACGCCAGCUUUGCACAUAACCAGUUGUUGUUAAGGCUUCCACAAAUUCAUCUCAAUAAAAUAUGCAUCUUCGACGUACUUUCGAGAGGAAGCGGUCAAAGAUGCACUCUAAGAUGAAUAUGGGCAGCAAGGUCUAACGUGGAAAAACAGACACAGAGGCUUAGCGCAUGACGACGACAAAGCGCAUCUUCGGGGUAUGAGAGGGGGCCUAGGUGGCGCUAUCUUUGGCGGUCCAUCAGGGAGGCCUCGAGCAGCCGCUGACGAAAUAGGGUUUACGAAGAGGAGAAAUUUACCUGGCAAAACGUUGGUGAGCGCUUUGCCAACUGCCGGAGCGUUUAAUGAAGCGGCGAAUAUGACGGCGAUUCGUUUGCCUGGUGGUAGAAGUCCCUUUGGUGGUGCACGUGCAGCACAGUCAGGAUCAGGAGUAGGAGUGCCACAAACUAGCACACAAUCUUCAUCUUCCAGCAUUCUAGGCCAUGCCAGAUCCGUGGUGAACAGUUCGAAGAAGUUCACGGCACAGGAUUUGUUACUUCCAGUUGACGUAGAAAAAGUCAUAGCAAACGCUGGAAAAGUGGAUUUGAAAACGGUGAAUAUUCCGAAAGCGAACAUAAAAGUAGUGGACCACAGCACGAUGAAUUCAUCAAAGCAAACAACUUACAAGAACAACUCUGGUGGAGGUUAUAAUUAUCCCUCAAUGACUAAGACAGGAGAAACCAACAUCUUCAGAGAAGUAGAUCCCGAAGGAGGUGGGGAUGUAGUGGGGACAGAGCACCACGAUCCUGAGCCACAAUAUUUUUCAGCAGGUGCAGCUACAGGGACAAAGACGAGUCGUGGCUCUUCUCCCAGUGAUGCUGCCAGUAGGUCAAAGCAACCGAAGCAAAUGGUUCAGGCUAGUCCUCGCUAUACUGAUCGAAGUAGUAGAAGCACUGGCACAACUGUGUACUAUGGAGAUUCCAACAUUGCCGAAACCAGAGCUAGAUCCCCGUCUUUCUCUUUGAGCAAUCUGAAGAGUAAAACAGUGGGACUUUUGUCCAGCACGCACAAGAUGCUUACGGGAGGUGGCAGAAGUCGCUCCCCUAGUGCAAAUCCAGAGGGAGAAAGCAAGGAAAUAGACCCAGAAGAAAAGCGUCCACAGAAAAAGAAUCGGAUUAGAACAACGGGGUACAUGCAGAGGCCAUCUACGGGAGUAGGAGUUUCUGGAACAACAAGUGGCGGCGCCGAUGAAGGUGCAAAUCAAGGGAUGUAUAAUCAUGUCUCCUCGAAGGUUGACGCUGAUGCAGUAGCAGAUGAUGCUGGUGAGAAUUAUAGCAGCUAUAAUAGGGUGGAGGACAAAAUACAUUAUCAGGAAGUAGAAGCUCCAGCUGAAAACCAGAACAAGAAAAAGAAUCGUAUCCGAGCAACUCCUGGUUAUAUGCAGACGAGGCCUUCCGUCGCCAAUCAAGAAGGAGAGCAUUGCUAUACCAAUUUGACUUCCCUCGUAUGCAAUGCGAAUGAUGCCUGUGGUGGUACUAGUGUCCAACAACAACGAAACGGUACGGAGGAAAACCAAGAAGAUCCUUUAACGCAAAACUACGAGGAUGAAGAAGAAGUGAUUCAACAUUGGGCUCCAGCAUCAACAAGCAUCGACGGUGGGGAAGCGGUAGGAGGAGAUGAAGCACCGGCUGUGCCAUUUGUCGUAGGUGGAGGUGUAACAUCAAAAGACACUGAUUUUGGGGCUUACGAUCAUCCUGCUUAGAAUGGGCUACUACAACAGACAUUGACGCACACUUUUUAAAUCAUGAUCAACAUGAUGUUGAUGGCGAUUUUCCCGAGUUUUUUCUGUUUUAGAAUUUUUACAUAUUACAGUACUUUCUUCCAUAAUAUCUUUUUAACUUACACCACGAUUACAAUCUACAAUUUAUGAACUUUUUUCAAUCACUUUUAUUUUUACAUAGCAGUAGCAGUAGCACAGCAAGGAUAUGAACUUAGAAUUUUUUCAGGAGCAUUAGGGGCCAUGGAUAAUUUACAGGAGCAUUAGGGACCGUGGGUAAGGGACGACAGCUGAUGGCCGGCCAGAACGUAUCCAUGCACAUCAGCAGUAGCGAUCAAUCUCCUGUGUUAUUUUCCUGCAGCUCAUCGGUCGAAUGAUUCAACGAAGUUGCACCAGGCUCCACAAAUCAAAUUUUCUUUUUCUUUACUGUAGCUCAUCGGACAUGAAUCACAAAAAUGAGUCGUCGAGCUCUUUUCUAACACAUCUCGCGACUAAUCUUAAUCAACGGUAGUCGAAUUUGAAAAAUCAACAUUCCCAGAAAAUCUUCCAUUCUUUAAUAUGCUUUGCAAAUCCUCUUUCUUCCGUCUACAAAUCAUAGUCGAAUCGCACUAGGAACUCAUCUUUCAUACAACAACGAAGCGCAUGAAAAU